AAACCUCUGUAUGAACAACAGCUUCAAGGUCAUAUUGACCUUAUUACAAAUAAACUACAUCAAAUUCAGUUAAAAGCCCAACAAAAUAUUAAAUCUGCUCAACAAAAACAAAAGAAAAAAUAUGAUAAGCAUAUCAAGGAAGUUCCAUUUCAUAUUAGGAAUAAAGUACUAUUAUAUCGAUCAGCACAAGCCAAG